AUGUCGGAAACAAAUAACGGUUGGCGGCUUCCGUCGACGCGGAGAACUGCUCAAAAAUCUGCUGUGGUGAUUACGAAGAUUAUAGCUACUUGUGUCGAAGCGCCAACGCGAGAGUCUGUCGUUGCAGAAGUUACCAAUAAUCCAUCACGUACACCAUCAAGUUUUACGUUUAGUGCGCGUGGUCUAAGUAGCGACUUCGCGCGCGAAGCAUAUGCAACUCAUGAAAACAUUUGUGCAGCCACAGACGGUCCUGGCGGGCCGUCCCUUGAAUAUGGCUUCGCAAGCUUCUUCGGUCGGGCAUGGUUGAUCGAAGUAGUGCGAAACGACUUCUCCCAUACCAAUUCAGUUCUUGACUACGGCCAGUCAGGCAAGCCACGUCGCCUAGACGUUGCAGCGGCCCGGGCAGAAGAUGUGCUGGUUCUACUUGGGCGUUCUGAAGGAAUAAAAAUAGUCCGUAGAAAGAACCUUACCACAAGAGUCGAUGUACUGCGACGUAGUCCGAAGCACAAGGCGAGGAGACACCGACAAGAGAAAGGGAAGGUGCUGAGACAGAAUACUGCUCCAGGGAAUUUGGAGGCGAAAGGCUAUCCCAAAGGCUGA